AUGGCCCUAACCAAGCAGGCAAUUCUACGAAACCCUGAUGACUUUCCAACUUUGCAGCUUUUUCUGCUCGCCAUUGUCCGCCUCGCGGAACCAAUCGCCCUGACCUCCAUCUACCCAUACGCAUGGGCCCUUGUCAAGCAAUUCAACUUUGGUGACGAGCAAGAUGCCUCAUUCUACUCUGGUCUCCUCAUCUCGGCCUUUUCUCUGGCCGAGGCUGUCAUGGGCAUGUAUUGGGGUGGCCUUUCCGACCGAGUCGGCCGCAAGCCUGUCUUGAUCCUUGGCUGUGUAGGCACCAUGUUUAGCAUGGUCAUGGUCGGCUUUGCCUCCAACAUUUGGAUUGCUUUGGUUGGUCGCGCCGUUGGCGGCUUUCUCAAUGGCAAUAUUGGUGUCAUCCAGACCAUGGUUGGCGAGCUUGUCACUAAGCCCGAACAUGAACCCAAAGCAUUUGCUGUCAUGCCCUUUGUCUGGAGCAUCGGUACAAUAAUUGGCCCUUGCAUCGGCGGCACAUUUGCUAAUCCCGCCGAGUCUUGGCCGGAGCUGUUCUCCCGCGAUGGCGUCUUCGGUCGCUUCCCGUACCUGCUACCCAAUCUGCUCUGUGCAUUCCUGCUACUCGUCAGCAUCAUCUUGGGUUUCUUCCUCUUGGAGGAAACUCACCCUAACAUGAAGCCCCGAGUGCUUCUCCCUGCGGAUACUUACGCCUCGGAAGAGACUCCGCUGAUGGAAACUUCAGAUGCCAUGAAGCGUCCUGCCGUGGACCUACGUGCAGAGACGUAUGGAACCAUGCGAGAAACUAGCGAACAACGCCAGGAGGACGCCGAGUGCGAAGAAAAGUCCUUGCUCUCUGUUCCCGUCUGGAACAAGCGUGUUGUCGGCUUCAUCAUUGCCCUCUCCAUCUUCACCUACCACUCUAUGACCUACGACCAUCUUAUGCCCAUCUUCUUCGAAGAUGAUAGAGCCUCGGCACUCGUGUCCGCGCUCAAGGUUGGCACCUCCUCCCCUUUCUACUCACCUGGUGGCCUGGGCCUCUCUCUCCGUCAGGUCGGUCUGAUCAUGGCCGUCAACGGAGGUAUCGCCCUGUUUGUCCAAGCAGUCAUUUUCCCGCUCGCUGCGGAGAGAUUUGGUGUGUUCAGACUCUUUAUUAUCGUGACGGUGCUUCACCCCAUCAUCUACGUCAUUGUGCCUUUUCUCCUCUACGUCCCUGAAUCAAUGCUUUUCCCUGCCAUCUACUCUUGCUUGGCCGUGCGAAACAUUCUUUCCAUCACCCUCUAUCCCCUCCUCCUCAUCCUCAUCAAGGAGGCAACUCCCACCUCCAGCGCUCUAGGCAAGGUGAAUGGUCUAGCCGCUAGUGCUGGUGCAGCAUGCCGCAUGAUCGCGCCUCCUAUUGCAGGCUAUCUCUAUACCACUGGCAGCAGGAUGGACUGCACUGCUCUCGCUUGGUAUGGUAGCGCUGUUGUCGCUAUUGCCGGAUCUUUCCAAUGCUUCUCUGUUCCGCGACCACGAGUUGAUCGAUCGGAAGAGAGUGCCGUCAAAGUAAGUCAGGUCGCGACUGAAGCUUCAGACGCUGACAGAGAGUAA